UCAUUAUUAUCGCCACUUCCCGCAUUACUGUUUUUCAAUUUCUCGCUCAGUGACCCACUCUGAACCCUCCGCACAGAGCUUCUAAGUUUAUUCCAAAAUAAAAUGGCAAUAAUACUGAAUAAUAAAAUCUCAUUAACAACGUUUUCAGAUUAUAAACCAGAUCGUCUUGCUCAAUCAACAUUGGUUUUCCGACCUGUUUCCAUUUCUCUAAUCAGAAGAAGAAGGAAAUUUAUAGUUCGAGGAGGAGCUUCUGAUACUGAAGCUACUAAAGGUAAACCGGUAGAAUCGGAAAAAGUGUCUGGUUCGAGCAUUAAUCAGCUUCUUGGGAUUAAAGGAGCAGCAAAAGAAACUAAUAUAUGGAAGGUUCGACUUCAACUCACAAAGCCUGUUACUUGGCCUCCUUUGGUCUGUGGAGUAGCUGUUGGGGUUGCUGCUUCAGGAAACUUUCAAUGGAGUGUAGAAGAUGUUGCUAAAUCAAUUGUUUGCAUGAUAAUGUCUGGUCCAUGCCUUACUGGCUACUGCCAGACUCUGAAUGACUGGUAUGACAGAGAUAUUGACGCAAUAAAUGAACCCUAUCGUCCAAUUCCUUCUGGGAUCAUAUCCGAAAACCAGGUCAUAGGACAGAUUUGGUUUCUACUAAUAGGGGGGCUCGGGUUGGCUCGUUUGUUAGAUGUGUGGGCUGGACAUGGCGUUCCUGUAGUUUUUUACUUAGCUCUGGGUGGAUCCCUGGUGUCGUACCUAUAUUCAGCUCCACCUUUUAAGCUCAAGAAAAACGGAUGGAUUGGAAAUUCUGCUAUGGGAGUGAGCUACAUCAGUUUGCCAUGGUGGGCUGGUCAGGCUUUAUUUGGGACCCUAAAAGCUGACAUAAUCAUCCUCACACUUUUGUACAGCUUGGCCGGGAUGGGUGCUGCUAUUGUGAAUGAUUUUAAAAGCAUCGAGGGGGAUACAGCACUGGGACUACAGUCCAUUCCUGUGGCGUUUGGUAUUGAUACUGCCAAGUGGAUCUGCGUUGGUGCAAUUGACGUCACUCAGAUAACUGUUGUUGGUUAUCUGCUAGGCACUGGUAAGCCGUAUCAUGCCUUAGCGCUGCUUGGUUUGUUAGUACCACAAGUAAUUUUUCAGUUUCUGUACAUACUGAAGGAUCCAAUUAAAUACGAUGUAUUGUACCAGGCUAGUGCACAGCCGUUCUUGGUGAUGGGCCUUUUGGUAACAGCAUUAGCAGUGAACGGGCACUGAUCCUCGACACAAAUAAUUUAAGACUACAAAAAAAGAAACAGAAGAACAGGCAGACAGAUCCUCGAGGAAACCAAACUGUGACACUACUCUUUCAUGCACACUGCUGCAUGACCGGAAAGGUUACUCUACUUUGUAACAGCUCAGAUAACACAACAGUUGUGUCUUAUGACCACUGCACGUAGCGGUGAUUGUCAGUGUUGUGGAAAUCUGAACAUUGUAAAAUAACAAACCAUGUUGUAUAAAGCCUCCUCCGUUUUCAUUUUUCUUUAUGCCAGAUAUAAAUCAAAAGCCAGUAUUUGAAUAGGAAAA